AUGCCGAUGGUCAAAGAAGUGACCAAAAGUGCGAAUGAAGAGCAAUUGUUCGAUGAGGUUGUCAUAGCUGUAGUGAGCCCUGAUGAAAAAAAGAUUCAAGUUGAAAUUGCAGAUAAAUUGGGAAUUCCAUAUGGAGAUGGUCACGGCGGUUGUAAGAUUUUACUGAUUUCGAGAUUUGUUUAUGUAUGUGAUGAUAUGGGAGCUAAAAAGAAAUUUACAGUUGAAGCCUUAGACAAAGAAGAAGCAUGGAAUCUCUUCAAGGAGAUGGCUGGAAUUUCCAAUGACACGAGUUCUAAAUUCUAUUCCACACAGAAGGCAGUUGCAGAUGAAUAUGGAGGCUUGCCUGUUGCUAUUAAGAUAGUCGCGAGGGCACUCAAAGGUAAAGGAGAGCCUUCAUGGGAUUCUGCUCUUGGUCAAUUACAGAGGUCCAUCAUCAAAAGCAUCAGGGGAGUAGAAGACCAGAUAUUUAAAUCUCUGGAGUUGAGUUACAAUUCCUUAGAAAGUAAGGAAGCCCAAAAAAAGGCAGUUGCAGAUGAAUGUGGAGGCUUGCCUGUUGCUAUUAAGAUAGUCGCGAGGGCACUCAAAGGUAAAGGAGAGCCUUCAUGGGAUUCGGCUCUUGGUCAAUUACAGAGGUCCAUCAUCAAAAGCAUCAGGGGAGUAGAAGACCAGAUCUUGUUAGAUAUGGGAUUAGGCAUGAAUCAUUUAAAGGCAUUGAUACAGUGGGUGAGGCAAGACAAAAAGUUCAUGACUUUGUUGAUGACCUUAAAAAUUACUAUUUAUUUGAUGGAUAGUGAAGAAAAUGAGUGUGUCAAAAUGCAUGAUGUUAUAGGUAAUGUGGCUAUAUCUAUUGCAUUCGGGGAAGAGCUUUUGUUUAUGCUAGAUUGCAAUGCUGAUCUCAACAAUGAGAUGGAGGAAGUCUAA